UUGCAGUGCACCGCGACGUAUCCGUUGGAGAAGAGGUCUCCGGAGGAGUGCCGAUCUUUCGAGAUGCACCCUCGUGCUCUCCACGUGCUUGCCCUCGCAGUGACUGCGGUCGUAAGGGCUGGUUGCGACGAUAAAGUAAAAUGGUAUUCCGGAUUACGGUCCAUGCUCAAGAAUUGUCCGUCGGAGUCGCGGAACAGCUCCGGCCAGGACGAGCUUUUGAAGACCUUCAGACGUUGUGUGCAGCGGAGAGUUGUCGACACAUUGGAUGCCCUUCUCGACGAGAACGUUAUCACGGUGUUCGACGGAGUUGAUCUGGUACGAUUCCGUCCGAACAACGAGAAUAGCACGGAAUAUAAAGACAAUUCUGUCGAUGGAUCCGGUGACAUCACUAGUUGGUCAGCGAUAAUCUGGAGUCGAUUGACGCGCGUUCUGCGGACUCAUGCCUUCAAAGUUGACGUCGAUCAUGUAUUCAGCACAGAGUCGGCUACCAAUAAUACAUCCGAGUCGGAUCCGGAUAGUAAUAUCGUCCAAGGUCGAAAACGUCGUCGAUACCGCCGCCGACAUCAGUUUUUGCCAAUGAUGAUGAUGGGUCUACUAUUUAUGGGUUCGAUCGUGAUACCGAUGGGCUUCCAAUUCCUCGCUGUGUUGGGCGGCAAGGCCUUGAUUCUCGCCAAAAUGGCUCUCAUACUGUCUAGCAUACAAGGUCUGAAAAAGAUCGCGACCAGCGGCGUUAAUUAUGGACUAUACCACACUCCGGCUUGGCAUGACAGGAGUCAUGAGGUGUUCCCUGAGGAAGAAGAACACAUCCCGUUAUAUGUGCCUUCGCACCCUUAACUCUUCCUCAAGUUACGCUUUCGGAGAGACACGUACUACGAGGUUUCCGUGCGACGUGUAAACCCAGAUAGCAUAAAUAUCUGAAGGACGUUUUAAAGACGUCGAAAAUAUUUUAUUUGUGUUUUAGAUGUCUUUUAAAUAUAUCUAAGACGUAAUUUAAGUCCGUGUUAGUAGUCUGAAAUUUGUAUCACGUGAGAUACUCUCCGGUAAAAACCAAAUAACAUUUGAUAUUAAACAAGUGAUAAUUUGCCAAAGUUUCUUUAUUUUAAUCAUAUGAUGUACGUGAUAUUAUAUUUGUAAUCAUAAUUCGAUUGAAAAACUCACGUCUAACUUUAAAGUUCACUAAUAGUCGUUACUCUCGAAACUUGCCUCAGAUAAGAUAUACUCAGGUUUAAAUUUAGAGUUACCCAAUGAAAAAUUUUUCAUAUAUAAUUAUAUAUUAUUAUGUAUCAAAUUUGU